CUCCCUAUAAAGCGUAGAACCACCACCCAAAUUUUGUUCUCAGAUCUCAGAUCCAGAGUAGCCAGCUGAGAACCUGAGAGAGUUUGAGUUCUCGUGUCAUCUCUCUCCUUGCUGCGUAGUGUGUACUGUGUACAGUUCCACAGCUCCAUCAAGAGAAGAACAUGUACUUCGCCGGAGACUCCGACGGCUUCGCCCUCGACUUCAUCGGCGAGCACCUGCUUGACGGUGGUUGCGGCGGCGUCCCGGUGGGCAGCACCAGAGUUCCAGACGACGUCACCUUCCCCAUGCUGCAACCCCAACCCGAGUUCCAGUCCAUGCCGUCGUUCUUGCCGCCGCUGCGGCAGCAAGGGUAUGCACACCUGACGCACGAGCGCGAGGGCGCUGCCCUUGCUGCCGCUGCGAUGGCGUCCCCCGUGAUGAUUAAGUUUGGGAGCGAGCCGUCGUCCCCCGUGAGGCCGGCGCUGAUCAUCACCGUGCCGCCGAGCUCGUACGCGUGGACGGCGGAGUCCGUCACCGCGCCCAUGCCGGCGGCCGCCGCCUCCGCUGACGACGACUUCCGCAAGUACCGCGGCGUGCGGCAGCGGCCCUGGGGCAAGUACGCGGUGGAGAUCCGCGACCCGAAGCGCCGGGGCUCGCGCGUGUGGCUCGGCACGUACGACACGCCCGUCGAGGCCGCGCGCGCCUACGACCGCGCCGCGUUCCGGAUGCGCGGCGCCAAGGCCAUCCUCAACUUCCCCAACGAGGUGGGCACCCGCGGCGCCGACCUGUGGGCGCCACCGCCGCAGCCUCCGGCUGCGACGCAGGCCGCCCCGGCGAACAAACGGAAGCGGCCGCAGGAGGAACGCGACGUCGAGGUGCUCGCGGUGAUCAACAAGGCGGUGAAGAUCGAGAUGCCGUCGUCGUCGUCGUCCACCUCGCCGUCACCGGCCAUGUCGGCGCGCGAGACCACAGCGAGCGCGUCCUCGACGGUGACGUCGACAACGACGGAGGCAGCGGGCGCAGGGGCCGAUUGGCUCCCCGUGAAGCCGUCCAGCGGGAGCUGGGAUCAGUACUGGGAGGCGUUGCUCGGCGGAAUGCCGCCGCUGUCGCCGCACCCGGCGAUGGGGUUUCCGCAGCUCACCGUUAAUUGAGAUGCUAAGACCGUCAAGAGAUGACUAGAGGUGAUUGGAUUAGGAAAGGGUCGGACCUACAAUUCUUUUGCAUUGCCAAGGAAAUUGGUUAAUUUCCUUCAAAUCCAAGAGGAUUAUUGGGCCUAAUAAUCCUCCCGCGCCUAAACAAAAGCCAACCGGCGUGAUAAAAUAAUUGACAAGGAGCAGACACAUGGCGUAGUAAAUAGUAUUUGAUUUUAUGAAAAAACUGGUAUACAGAGGUACGUGUAGAUCGUUCGAUGCUUGUGUAAAAAAUAAGCAUCAGGAUGUGGCGUUCGAGAUGACCUACGUACCAGUGUCCUACUUGAUUCAAGUUCAAUUUAUUUAUGAGCUCAUGUAAGAAAAUGAUUUAUUGUUGUCUAUUCUGUUAUCGUUUAUUUGUA